UGUUGUACGGUUCACGAUUCUAGAUCUGCUGUAUCAACAAAAACCUGUUUUUACUUUCAUUAAUGUGUUGUUACGAGGAGUUAGUUUGUGGUUGCAGAGAAUUGCGCUAUCAGCGUACUUUUCUUACGUUAUUCGCAACUCAUUGGCACCUAAAGCUUAUACGCAAAGCCCAAUUGGACAAUUGAGACUAAACAAGCUAUUAGGUGCAGCUCAACGUUAUCUUUUGAACACAUGUAUUUUACUCGUUUGUCUUCAAUAUCAAUUUGAUUUGAUUGAUUUGAAUCAAUUGUAGUGAUUGGGAGAAAUUUGCCAACAUUUUGUUUCAUCUAUUGCUACUGUACGACAACAGAAGAAGUGCGCUAAAAUAAUCAGCGUCAAGACUAGCGGUGCGAUUCCGUGUGGACAGUGUGACUGCCCAUAUUUUCGCCCACCAGCGCAAGUGAUGAGCGCCAGAACAAAUUAAUCUCCCCGAAUGCAUCAUAAACUUGCUUAUCAUCGCCAACAGCAGCCGUCACCGCAACAAUUAUCUUUCCAAAGUACCAUUCUGUCUGAAAUCAGCGCCAUCAGUUGAUAAACGCGCAUCUCUCGCAUCGUCUCAGUUCAAAUCGGUCAGUCUGUUCGUGAGCAUCACAUGCUCUACUUCAUACCCAUACUUGCUGAGAAGAGUGUGAUUUACAACUAAACAAUGGGUGACGAAAUAGCGGAGGCCUCUACUCGAACGGAGAGGCGAUGGUUCCAAAAAAUCACCGUCGAGCCAUCCAUGUUCCUAUACAUGAUGGCUUUCAUGCUGACCUCUGUUGUUGAGCAGGGUUUCUUCCUGUACAAGGCUUGCACGGUGAAUCACGGCUAUUCGCACGAUGUUUGCAUCAAUAUCGAGAAUCAUAGCAAUAUCAAGAAGGAGGUCCAGGUUACGACCUCUACAUUUCACAUGUGGAACAGCAUCGCGAUGUACGCGGUUCCGACUGUCCUAGCUUUAUUUUUAGGAGCCUGGUCUGAUCGCCGAGGUCGGAAGCUUCCACUUAUCCUAGGACUGAUAGGAAAACUCAUUUACUCGGUGAUGAUCGUGGUAAAUACACGCAUGGAGAACUGGCCUGUCGAGUACAUCAUUUAUACUGCCACCAUACCCAGUGUCCUCACGGGUGCGGACAUUGCAAUUUUCGCAUCUUGUUUCGCUUACAUUUCGGAUAUAACCACAGUCACGGACCGCACUCUGCGCAUCACGAUCCUCGAUGCAACGUACCUCAGCACAAUGCCUAUCGGGGUUGCUCUCGGCAACUUGAUCUACAAUCGUACGGCCAAAUCGUUCACAGUUAUGUUUACCAUCAACGCAUCGCUUCUGUUUGCAUCGAUUUUGUACUCCGCUCUACGACUCAAGUCUCGCAUCACGGAUCAGCAGGUGUCGAUCCUUGAGCUGCGCUGGUACCGAAUUCCGGGGGACUUCUUCGACCGAAACCAUGUGGUUCACUCAGUGAAAACUUUUUUCAAAAAACGCACUCUUCAUCGUCGCAUCUAUUUGCACACCUUGAUGGUCGCCAUGUCGUUUUACACAUUCCAGCGGGACGAGAAGCCAAAGAUGUACCUCUACACACAACUCAAGUUCAAUUGGGAUCUGAGCCAAUAUAGCUACUUCAAGACGUACCAAUCAGCUGCAUACGUAGUGAUGAUGUUCAUCGGGGUUCCUUUCUUCACCAAAGUUCUCGGAAUGAGAGAUACGUUUAUCAUUAUGAUCGGCGCGACGGCCCACGCAGCGGCUCGGUUCGUGUACAUCUUCGCUGAAGUCGACUGGCUGUUGUACGUUGGUGCGUCAGUGUCUAGUCUGGGCCCAGUGGUGGCCCCGGUGCUCCGGUCGAUGAUCUCAAAGAUGGUUCCUAUUACAGAGAGGGGUAUAAUCUUCUCUUUUCUUUCCGUUUUCGAUAAUGCCGUACCGCUAUUUAGUGGAAUUCUGUACACUCAGGUGUACAACGCUUCGGUUAACAGCUUCCCGCAGGCAUUCUUCCUGUUGACGAUGGGAACCCAAGCGAUGGUAUUCGUGUUAACGUUGGGAGUUCAUAUAUCUCUGCGAGGCAAAACAUUCGAGGAGAGUACUACCGAAACAGUCAACGGAUUAAUAGAGGGAGAGAAACUCCCAGCGAGCAACGGAUCGGUCAACGUGGAGGAGGAUCGAUAGCAUCCUUCGUGAAGGAUUCACGUGAAAAAUUCAAGGCGCUACUCCACUUGAUAAAAUACUAGAAUAUUUCACUAAAAGACUUGAUUAUUAUAUAUUUUAGUUUAGAAAGAAUAGAUGUUUUUAGAAUGUAGUUAGUGUAGAUAAGUAAAAGUUUAACUACUUAAAAUGCAUGAUAGUUUUCAAAUUGAUUAUAUGGACCGGUGUUAUAUUUAUUGACGGCCCAAUCCCUAGAGAUGUCUAUUUUUUCACUUAAUCGGUUAUGGAUUAUUCGUUGUUGCAUUUAAUAAUAAUCGAUUCAUUCGAAUAGUUGCCUUAGUGAACAGACAUUGAUCAUAAAAAAAAUCGUGGAUAGAUAAUAAAAAGUUAUGAGGCGUGGUGCACAAGUAACAUAACGCUAAAACUCAGGCUUUUGGACCUCCUCCAUCCUUACGUAAAGCAAUUCCUAUCUCUAACACACAGUAAGUAACGUAACCACGACCCCCCUCCCCCCUUCUUGCGUUCCGUAAUUUGUGAACGUCGCCUGAUGACAUAAUUCUAAAGGAUAUCUUAAAUAUACAAUCAAAGUUCUCUAUAAGGACAUCGCAAGGGUCCGUCGUUUAGAGAAUUGUCGCUAUGAAUUCUUCAUGACAGCAACAUUUCCGAUCAUGAAACAAUCGGUAUGUUAUCUAGCUUCUCUGAUGACUUUUUCAACUUUACCGAAACGAAGAAAAAGUUAUAUAAGAGUUGGAAUAACUAUUCGAAACGCAAGUUGGAAUCUGUUUUGCAGUGUAAAAUAACGCCGAUCUCUUCAUGAUGCUGCAAAAAAUCUUGAAGAAGCACUUUGCUCUGCAAUGAAACAUAUAUUGGCGGCUAGGGAAUUGGAGAUUUCAGCACUAAGACAGGGCGCAAACAAGGCCUGGUACAAUUCUACGUUGGCCUUCAUCAAGAGAAGACGAGAUCAUUAUCUAUUAAUAGCGAAACGUACAAACAGUAUUAGAAAUUGGAUCACGUACAGAGUAUGAAGAAACAUGUAUGUACGUGAACUUAAAAGUUCAAAAAAUAAAUUAAUUCAAAAUGAAAUCAGCGCAAUUCAGCAUGAUCCAAAGAAACUGUGGAAAAAAAAUAAAAAAUUUAUGUAAUCCAAGCGGAAAUAGAGAUAUCGACAUUGAAUUUGACGGUAAUAAGGGAAAUUGCUUCAUAACUGCAGAAAAGCUAAAAAAAUUUCUCACGUCAAGUGUGGAGGAAAUCCACAAUAAUAUUGUAUCUCCUACAAAUCGACUUAAUUUUGCUUUUCCUAGUCUGUCUUCAGAAUUGAGAUGCUUUAGAACCAUCAGCAUGGAAACACUGGGGAAGGUAGUAAUGGAUUUAAGAAACUGUUCAGGUGUUGAUGAUA